AUGCGGUUGCGGCCUUCUUCCGCCACCUCCUCUCCCUACUCGCGCCCCUCCCCGCGGCCGCCCACGACGCCGCCUCAGCCCUCCUCGCUUCGCCCCACCCUGCAGUCGCCGCGCACGCUGCGGCCUCGCUCGCCCGUCUCGCCGCCUCCCGCCCCGACCUCCUCCCCUCGGGCCUCGCCCUCCCGCUCCUGGCUCCUCAUCGCGCCCCUCGCGGCAUCCCCGUCUCCCCGGCUCGCUUCCUGCCUCGUCAAGGCAGUCUCCGCGCUCGCAGCCUGCGCCCUCCGCUCCGGCUCUCGCUUCCCGCCCCACGACCACCCCUUCGUCCAGGCGCUCGCGUCCGGGGCUGAAGGCGCGCGCGCGGAGCUGACGCGGCAGGCAGCCAGGAUGGUUGCCGAGGAGGUGGAUUGGGUGGUCGGGUUUCUGAGGCCGUUCGUGAUGUUCUCCGUGGUGAGGAAGGGGGACGCCACAUUUGCGAGGGAUUUGAUCGGCGCACUGGCCGCAGCAGCCGUGGCAGCAGGGAAGGCUGGUGUCGCGAUCCCGGUUCUGAAGAUGCUCGAAGACAGCAUGCUGCAUUUCGGCCGCGGGGAUGAUCAGGAAGUGCGGCUAUGGCUUAGUUCUGCGGAGUGCUUGGUUGAUUCUUAUGUGGUGCUACUGAGGAAGUUAGUUCAUGCUCAAAUACCAACAUAUGAUGCUCAAGCAAGUAGUGCGACAUUGAUGGGAACACUCAUAUCACAGUGUUCAUUUCAUCAAAAGUUUCUGGGAAUUGAUUCAACAGUUUUUGGGUUAUCAAAACAUCUAUUCUCAGUGCAAAGGGACCUUGGAUUAUGCUAUCUACCUGAGAUUUCUGUUGUCCUUAGCUCUCUUUCUUACUCUCUCACUGGGCUAGAGUUUGAACAUGAACAGCUAGCUGGCUUGAAACUUCUGAGCUUUUUGAUUGAUUGGAAAUAUGAAAAUGUGCGUGACAGUAAAGAACGAACACAACAGGUCAGUGUGGAGCUUCUUUGUGUUCUGGCAGUUAUCAACCUUACCAUUUCGCCAUCCAAAUCUGUGAAAGCAGUGGCAUAUCAUGUUCUGUCAAGGUUCAGCUUGUUUGUUUUAGACUUGCCAGCUUCUCAUUCAUCAGAGGAACAAGAUAUUUCAACGAGUUACCACAUAAGCAAACCUGCACUUCUUCUUCCCAAAUUUCUGCAUCAUCUAUGGUCUAAGCCAUCUUCAUCAGGCGUCACUUUUAUGAAGCACACAGCUACCAAGGCUUCACCUGAUUCUGGUCAGAGUGACUUGGAAACAAGUUAUUGGACUCAUCAAAUAAAUGCCUAUCUGACAGUCCUUCUCAGAGAAAAGCAUACAUUAGAUGCCUCGUCUUCAAAAAAGACAUCUUCAGUAGCCAUAUCAUCUCUGAUAAGCUCUGUAGCAUCUGUUUUGGUAAUGCAUCCAAAACUUGGUACUUCUGCAGCAGAAUCUUUGGCCAUGCUUGGCGCAUCAGACCCAAGGUUGGGUAUGCCACUGUUUGUAGCUAUCCUCUACUAUAGCAAGAUUCUAUGCAGCAGCGGUAAUUUUUCAACGGAAAUCUCGCUCAGUUUGCUAGAGUCAUUGCCGUCACUUGCUAUACUUGGUUUUGUUCUUCUUCUUCCACUAGCUCUGCAAUGGAUAGCGCCAAUGCUUAAAAGGGACUCAAAUUCGUUACAUUUAUUUUGUAUGGAAAAGUAUAACGUCUGUAUUUCAAUCACAGGGGUUCUGUAUGCUAUAGCUGUUCGAUUACUCUGCAAGAUAUGGGCUAUGACUGGUUGGGCAUUUCCAAACUUACAAGUAGUUCUGGAUCCUGAGAAUUUUUCCAAUUUCAUCUCUGACAGAGAGAUCUCUGCAAGUAUUGCCACAUCAAUACGCGAUGUUUGCAAGCAGAACCCAGAUAGAGGUGUUGAUCUAAUAUUAUCUGUCUCUUUUUGUAUUGAGAGUCGUGAUUCUGUAGUUCAAGCUCUUGGCCUGGAGAGCCUCUCGUACCUUUGUGAAGCAGAUGUGGUUGAUUUCUACACAGCAUGGAAAGUUAUAUCAAAGCAGGUGCUUGAUUAUUACGUUGAGCCUGCUGUUGCUCACAGUUUGUGUGUUCUGUUGAGGUGCGGAGCAAUGGAUGCUGAAGCAUAUUCUGGAAUAUCUAGUAACCUGCUAAGAACAUUGUGGAGAAUUGGAACAUCCAAGAAAAAUAAUCCCGAACCUCUCUGGGAUAAAGCAAGAGGAACUGCUUUUCACUCCUUGUCCAACUACAAGGUCUCACUUAUUCAAGAUGCUAUUCCCGAUUUCUGGAAACUAAACUAUGAGUUCUUUACGAAUGAACAUAAUUUGGCAGUUCUCAAGGCCAUGGAGCACCUUCAAGAUGAGAUCAUCAAAUAUGAGCACAUAAAUCGUCGUCGAGUGACUACCGAUCAAAGAGCUGAAGUGCAUAAAUUUGAGAAGCUACUGGAGGUUUUCUCUCAGGCCGUAUUUAAAGGGAUGUUAUCUCAUCAUCAGUUGCCUGGUGCUGCUCUUUUAACUCCCAAUUUUACUCCAAAGGACAUACUUAAUGAAGGGAAACCUAAGGAUUUGCCUAGAGUUCAUUCUGCUUUUGAUCAAGCUUUUGUUGAAAUUGCUGAAUCUAUGUAUAUGUCAAGAAACAUAGCGGUAGCUCUUCUUGCCUUGCAGUCAUGGAAGUCAUUUGUUUCCAACUGGAUGCAAGCAGUUGUGGCAUUGCUUGACAUUAAAGAGCCGUCGAAGUUGAACAAAGCAAUGAAAGCCGCUAAUGAUAUAUUUAAGAUUCUGUGCGAUCAAGUUCCAGUAUCUACUCCUCAAGUUGCAGUUAACAUAGCUCUUGUUAUUGGAGCACUGUGCUUGAUUGUUCCGCCAACUGCUCAUUUGGUAGUAUCUUCGGCAUCAGAUUUUCUUUUAAAAUGGUUGCUUCAAUACGAGCAUGAGCACCAGCAAUGGUCAGCAGCUCUCUCUCUUGGACUAAUAUUCAAUUGUUUUAAUCCUACGGACAAAAAGAGCAGACUUCAGGUUAUUAAUGGGUUUCUUGAGGUUAUCUCAAAAACUGAAAGCUGUCUUGUAAAAGGAGCUUGUGGACUGGCAUUAGGCUAUGCUUGCCAUGGUCUUUUGACAAGAGCACAUAAUGCUACUGAUUCAGAAGUAGAGGCUAUUACACAACUCAAUGAGCGUGCAUCAGCUGAGGAUAUUCUUCAUGCUUUGGUUACUUCGUUAAUUCAGCUAUGUCCAUCCUCAUGCUAUUCUCUGAAGAAGCUUAGUAUAUAUGGAAUAUCCUCCAUGGGAGGGAUGGAAGAAAAUAUUCAUAGCUUCGGCGAUGAUCCUUGGGCUGUCGCUGGGCUUGUUAUUGGUCUGGGAAACUCUGUUGUUGCUCUGUAUAGACUUGGAGCUUAUGAAGCAGUUACUGAAGUCAAGGACAUAUUGAUAUCAUGGAUACCAAAUGUUGAUUCGAACUCUGCAUUAUUUGAUGAAAUAGAUUCAAUAUCACUAUUCAACGCUUUUGGUGCUGGCGCACGGGAUCUUACUGGGGUGUUUUCAAAGCCUAUGACUUCUCAAAUCAAACAUGAGGAGUCAUCUUUUGUGAGAGGUCCAUUACUGACAAGCCCUGUUGGUGAGACUCUGUCAACAUCAAUGAUUCAGGAAAUAUUUCUUCUUGCUAAGGAUGCUAAGGAUAAGCACAUACGAGAUUAUGCUGCAUGGGCUAUUUCAUUUCUCAGAAGCAGGUGGUCAAAGAAUCAGAAUCAGAUUCUUUAUGAGGACAAUGGUUCUAAUAGAAGUUCUGGUGAUCGUGAUCAAGCUUCAAGUUUUUCUGAACAAAGCUUAGUUUGGAACUUAAGUCUCUGGUUGAGUGAUCUAAAAUUUGAAAAGUCUGGUGAUGUGGUGCCAAUAAGUACAGUUGGAACAGUUUUAAAAUGCCUUUCCAGAGCUCCUCGAUUGCCAACUACAGACUGGGGAGCUAUUAUUCGCAAUACUGCCUUAGUCAAUGAAGAAGGACAUGUUGAUGUGGCAAAAAAGAUUAUCCUCAGAGCAAGAUUGUGUGCAACUGGUUGUGGUUCAGCACAUGAGCUGGGAAAUAUAGAGACGGCAAUAUUGUGUACAAAAGCUGAUGGUGUCUGGUGGAGUGUCCUUGUAGAGAUCACUGGAGCCUUAAACUCAGCCGAAAACAGCAUCAAAAGGCAGUGGCUUCUGGAUGCAUUAGACAUUGGCUGUGUUACAGCUCAUCCCUCAACGGUGCUGCGUUUUGUUGGCUUGUUAUGUGGUAGCUGCUGCAUCUAUAUGCCGCUUCUCGUUGUUAAUUCGAUAAAUGUACUGAGUGACUUGCCUGUCACCCUGCCUUCCUUUCCCUCCACCAGCGUUUCGGAUGAUUUCAGGAACUCUGUGGCAGACAGGCUAUGGUUGUUGACCACUAACAUCUAUACUUGGGCUGAAGAAUUGGCUCACGGACACAGCCAACCUGGACAUGAUCAUAUUCAUAGAAGUGAAGCUGAGAUUGUGACUUUUUUGGCCAAUAUUCUGCGCUCUACAUGCAUUGCAGUCGGGGACUACCUGCCUGUUGAUAAGCAGCUAAAGCUUGCAAAUCUUGAGGCGCUCUAA